ACUGGCCAAUUAGAAGCCCAUUGACAAUAAAAAUGUUCAGCUGAUGAAGAUUUUUGUUUGAAACCUUUUUCUUUUUAUCGUAACUGGUUUUGCAUACAGUGCAGUAAAGUUUAACAUAGAGUAAAUGAUGGACUUAUUGUGAUUCUGUUUUUGAAUCCCCAACGAAAUGGAGUUGGAACGUAUAUUUGUCUUGACUGUGUCAUCCCUCCUCUCAUUUCUGCUACACACUCAAGUGCUCGCUGCAGAGACAAUACUAUCAACAGUUCUCACUCCAGACACCAAGCUUCUGUCCCGCCAAAGUAGAAGCUACUACGACCCUAGAUUCUACGGGUUUGGACUUCCGUACGACGGGAGAGCUUACGAAUACGCCAGGCCGUACGAAUAUGGUAGACCAGAACGACCAUAUUAUGAAUACGCUAGAUUAGAAUACGAUAGAUCGCGAUGUGGUCGUUGCGACGAUAGGUAUGACAGAGAUAGAAACGACAGAGACAGAGACAGGGAUCGCGAUAGGGAUGACAGAGAUGACGAUAGACGAGACCGUGACGGCUAUGACGACCGCAGAGUCAACCAUAGACCAACAUACGGCAACAGAUUUGAUAGAAAUAAGAACGACGAUGAUUCAUACAAUGACGAUAGACAUAACAAUUCUAAUAACGGCACUGAUGAUGAUAAUGAUACAGAUAAGAAGAGGCCUUAUGAUGACAAAGAUAGCAAGCCUAGUGGCAGUAGAAGAGACAGAGAUAGAAGCAAGUAUGACGAUAGGGAUCGGUACAGGCCGGAUUAUUAUGAUAGGUUUUUGAGGGAUCCUGCGAGGGAAAGGGAUAGGGGGUAUGGGGAUCCUUAUAGAGAAAGAAGGCCUGCUUAUGACAGAUAUCCUGAUAGAUAUGACGAAGGGUAUGCAUCUAGAUAUGAUCCGGUGUACGCGGGUAGAUACGAUGGGUAUGGGGGUUACAGAAGGCCGCUGUAUGAUGAUAGAUACGAUAGAGGUUAUGAUGAUGGCUAUGGAGGAUAUGGACCAGGCGUUGGACGUGGACCUCAUGACAGACCCUGGGAUGAGACGUACCGCGGACAGGCCGGAUGGGACGCCGGUGGACGAGGGUACUACUUCGCAUCAGGUCGACCGGACACCGCUCCAGCACCGAGCUGGGGACAGCCGGGGUAUGCCAGACCCCAAGAGAGCGGCUGGCAGAACGUCGGCUACACAGGGUACCGGGACCCCCUGGAGUACAGGGGUUCCUUAGGGUACCAAGACCAGGGGUACCGCCAAGAUCUGAACGCUGGCUUUGGACAAGCUAGUGGUUGGCACAGCGUCGGUGAACGGAGACCAUAUAGGGACCAGAGUGGCGUUGCACACCUCGAUGACAGGGGCUCACACAACAAGCCAUCCAGAGACCAAAACAGCUACGGACAGCCAUCAAAACCGAGUUAUAGCCAACAAAAUCCCUAUGGCCAACAACAAAAUAGUUAUGGUCAAACUCAAAACGGUUAUGGUCAACCGCAAAAUGUCUAUGGUCAACCUCAAAAUGUCUAUGGACAACACGCGUAUGGUCAACAGAACUCGGCAACGAGUGGUCACAGCAGCAGCACUACGCCUAGCACAAGUUACUUGUUUCAGAGGUCAGACGAACGCGUGACCACUAAAUCUGCGGAGGAAACGACUAAGGCGCCAUCUUAG